AUGAGCCGUAUCUCUUUCAGAUCAUCUACUGGAGGGGGCAUGAGGGGCUUUAGCUCAGGCUCUGCUAUUGUAGGAGGUAGUGGUGGUGGGACCAGAAGCAGUUUUAGCUCUGUUUCUGUCUCCAGAGUUGGAGGAGGAAGAGCUGGAGGUGGAGGAGGCUUUGGAGCUGGCGGUGGCUUCGGCAGCAGAAGUCUCUAUAACUUGGGUGGAAGCAAAAGAAUUUCCUACAGCUCGGUCGGUGGAGGUCUACGGAGUGGAGCCGGGGGAGGAUACAGCUUCGGUCUUGGCUAUGGUGGCGGAGCUGGCUUUGGCUUAGGAGGAGCCGGUGGUGGUGGUGGCUACGGGCUGGGAAGUGGAUUUGGGCUGGGAGGGCCCGGAUUUGGUGGCCGAGGUGGCUCCGGGUUCCCUGUUUGCCCACCUGGUGGCAUCCACGAAGUGACUGUCAACCAGAGCCUCCUGGCACCCCUCAAGCUGGAUAUCGAUCCGGAAAUCCAGAAAGUGCGAACACAGGAGAGGGAGCAGAUCAAGACCCUCAACAAUAAAUUUGCCUCCUUCAUUGACAAGGUGCGCUUUUUGGAGCAGCAGAACAAGGUGCUGGAGACCAAGUGGACCCUCCUCCAAGAGCAGGGUCACACUGUCACCAGGAAGUCCCUGGAGCCCAUUUUCGAAGCCUACAUCAACAACCUCCGGCGGCAGCUCGACAGCCUGAUGGGAGAGAGGGGCCGGCUGGACUCCGAGCUCCGGAGCAUGCAGGACAUGGUGGAGGACUUCAAGAACAAAUAUGAAGAUGAGAUCAACCGGCGCACAGGUGCUGAGAACGAGUUCGUGGUCCUCAAGAAGGACGUGGAUGGUGCUUACAUGAACAAGGUUGAGCUCCAGGGCAAGGCCGAUGCGCUGGCAGAAGAAAUCAACUUCCUGAGAGCUCUGUAUGAAGCGGAGUUGUCCCAGAUGCAGCAGCAAGUGUCUGACACCUCCGUGGUGCUGUCCAUGGACAACAACCGGAACCUGGACCUCAACAGCAUCAUCGCCGAGGUGAAGGCGCAGUACGAGGACAUCGCCAACCGGAGCCGCGCUGAGGCUGAGGCUUGGUACCAGAACAAGUACGAGGAGCUCCAGGUCUCUGCUGGGAGACACGGGGAUGACCUGAGGAACACCAAGAUGGAGAUUUCAGAGAUCAACCGGAUGGUCCAGAGGCUGCGGAAUGAGAUCGACAGUGUGAAGAAACAGUGUGCCAACCUCCAAGCAGCCAUCGCUGAGGCCGAGGAGCGGGGCGAGAUGGCCCUCAAGGACGCCAAGGCCAAGCUGACGGAGCUGGAGGAUGCCCUGCAGAAAGCCAAGGCUGACCUGGCCCGGCAGCUCCGGGAAUACCAGGAGCUCAUGAAUGUCAAGCUGGCCCUGGACAUCGAGAUUGCAACCUACAGGAAGCUGCUGGAGGGCGAGGAGAGCAGGCUUGCUGGAGAAGGAGUCGGAGCUGUCAGUGUCUCCGUGGUCAGCAGCUCCAGCGGGAUGGGCUACGGCGGCGGGAGCUGCCUGGGCCUGGGCGGGGGGCUCGGAAUGGGCGGUGGCGGCGGCAGCAGCAGCUACACCAUGAGCAGCAGCGGCUUUGGAGGCGGCAGCGGAGGCUUUGGUGGCAGCGGAGGCUUCGGCGGCGGCAGUGGAGGCUUCUCCGGGGGGCUCAGCUAUGGCGGAAGCAGCUCCUUCAGCUCUGGGAGCAGCCGGGGCGUCAGCACCAGCACGGGAGGCAGUGUCAGGAUCGUUUCCAAGACCACCACCAGCAAAAAGACCAUCAGAUAA